CCCUCCUCCUCCUCCUCCUCGGUGCCCUCCACCAUCUCCUCGAUAGGGGCAGCGUUGGGAUGACCAACGAUGGAAGAGAACAGAGCCAACAAAGUGAAGACUGGCCAUCCUCCAACCAAAGCACGUGGAAAGAAGUCGGAAAGCCAAAGCUUUCCAAGCAAAGCAGCCCCCCAAGACCCCUCCACGACCCUCCGUACCUUCUGCUCCUCCACCGCCUCCUCGAUGGGGACGGCGGCGUGCAGGCGGUGCGCCUGGGACUCCCUGCACACCAGGCAGAUGGGAGCCUGGUCCUCCUCGCAGAACAGCUUCAGGACCUCGCGGUGCCUCUCGCAGAGCCUCUCCCCAGCGCCGGGGGCCCUCAGGCUCAGCCUUUUGGCAAUCUCGAUGAUCUUGGCCAGCUCGCGGUUGGGCCGCAGGUUUGGCUGCGCUGCCGUCGCCUUGCAGCGAGGGCAGGGGAAGGUUUGCUCCUCUUCCUCCCAGCAGCGGGUGAUGCACGCCCUGCAGAAGUUGUGCCCGCAGUGGAUGGAGACGGGAUCUUGGAAGAAGCCCAAGCAGAGGGAGCAGGAAGCCUCGUCCUGGAAGCUCUCAGCUGGGUUAUCUUCAUCCAUAGCGGUGACAGCGAUAAAUGACAGAGCAGCUUUCGUUUUCUGCUCGGUCUGUUGCCCUUCCUGCAGGUGCUGAGGUGAAAGGGAGCAGCGAAAAUAAAACUGCCUUAAUUACUUCCUGCCUCGUUAAGAGCGAGGCAGGACAAACACCCUUCAAGACCCAGAGGGAUGGAAAGGUAACUCUAUUUCCACCCAGGCCGUUCCCCUUCCUGCACGUGGAGGGAGAGGGAGUUUCGUCGCAGGGAAAAUAAACAGCCUUAAUUACUUCCUGCCUCGUUAAGAGCUGCAGACCUCUGCAGGGCACCCCCUAAAUCAAACACCAAGGGAAACGGAUGGAUGACCCCAACCCCAUUCUUCCCUAUGGGGCUCAGCCCCCGGCAAUCCGCCUGCACUGCUCGUUAAUAAAGGCACUUUUACAGCACUAAUUAAUUAGCAAUGCAGCUUGACCAGCCCCCCCCUCUCAGCACCAAAACCUCCCCUUGUUUCCUCACUUCUUUUCCAUUCGUUGCUCCUGUUUCUGCGCUCACCCCGCAGCUCUACUUUCAAUUCUGCUUUUAAUCAGCUUUCUGAUUUUGUUUUUCACGGCUCAGCACUGAGCCGAGCAGCAGCAGCCAAUUACAGCUUAUCUUUAAUCGCAUCCUGUUGCCAAAAGCUUUUGCUCUGCUCGCUCUGCAAAGCCCCCCGCUGCGCCCAGCCCCAAAAACAGCCGGUUUCUCCCCCAAAAUGUGGCUUCAGAAAUACUGAAAAUGGUUUUAAAAAUACCACAAGCUGUCCUGGAGCGUAAUUCUUCACCCCACUGAAUGAGAACCCCUCAAUUUGCUCCAUCCCACAGCCCACCGCCCUGCAGCGCAUGCAAAGGUUGCAUCCUGCACGCAAAUCAAGCGGUGCAUGCUUGCACGGGGACAAAGCAUCUCCUGAGAGCUGCCCUAAACAACACAUUUGCUGUUAUCCGUGCGUGGCGACCCUCAGCGGCUGCAGCUUUUGGGUGCAGGACACUCAGAAAGAAACCAGUGGGACGUUGAUGUCCUCCAAACCCAACGACGCUGCUUUGCUUUGCUUUGCUUUGCUUUGCUUUGCUUUGCUUGGCCCCAAAGGGCCUCAAUGGCCCCACCUGCACCCCACACGCGCCCCGUGGCCAUGGGAAUCUCUUUUUGUCCAGCGCUGAAAGGUUUGGGGCCUCUUGGAGGGGCAUCCGUGCGUGGCUAUGGGUUUUCUGAUCCCACCCCGUGGCCUGGCUUCCCGAUCCCAUUGCCCUCCUAGGGGCGUUUUGGGGGGAAUUCGGUGGAGAUUUGGAGCAGUGUGGAGGAAAUUGGGGUUUCUGGGGGCUGCCUGAGCCCAUUUAUUUGCCCAUAUAUGCAGCCCAUAUAUGCCUGCAGGAAAAUGUGAUGGAGAGAAAAUGUGGUUGAGGGAAUACCUUCCCGAAGGGAGAGACUGAGGAGAGGGCGAAGCAUCCAUCGCCACAUCCAGCAGAUGUUAAACAGUAAGAAGCCACAGAGAAGGGAACCAUUUCUUGUAACAUCAGCCCUAAACCUUAAAGCUUAAGGUGGCUUUGAGCGAGCCCAGUUCAGAAAUUUUGGUGCUUUAUUAUUAUUAUUAUUAUUAUUAUUAUUAUUAUUAUUCCUAUAUUGCUGUAAACUGAGGUGGGGCACCAUUAAAAAUAACGGCAUCCUCCUGCAAACGAGCCCCGAGCUCACAGCGAGCAGCACCCGAUGGUGCAGUGACAAAGCGUGGGCUCGGGGGGGGGGCAGGAGGCUCUGCUGUGGGGCAGAGGCGUUUUCUCAACCCCUUCCUGCAAGAAGAGCACGAACGUGACUAAUUAAGGCGGACUUUUUAAAUGGGUUUCUGCUUAAUUUCUUCAAGGCGUGGAUGUUUUGGGUACCAGAGCAGCGAUGUUCAGGGCUUGAGCGCCUCUUUAUAGGGGCUGCAACCAGCGAGGCUCGGACCGUCGGCAGUUGUCCCCCAUCCCAGCUCAGACCCCUCCCCAAAUCCCCUUUGCUCCCACCCGUGCUGUGGGUUCUGUCCCCUUUCUUCCCCCCCUGCCGUGCCAUAGGGACCAGGCGUUUUGGUGCUGAUCUGUAGGGCGCAGAGACCGCUAUGGGGGAUGCAAUAUGCAAUCAUUAACCCUCACCCUACCCCAAGCCCCCGCCCCAAAUCCCUUUUGUUCUCACCCCCGUUCUUCCCCCCCUACCAACCCGUGUUUAGGGCACACUUAUAUGGGAUGCAGCCAUCGAGCCAUCACCACCUCUCCCCCACCCCGAGCUCAGCCCUGGCUCUGCCCACCCCAAACCCUCGGAGGGGGCGGCGGUGGGAAGGGAAACGCCUUCCACAAAGAAAAUGAAACUCUCAGUGCUCCGCGGGGCCCCAUGGCUGCACCCAGCCCCGCGUCCCACCUCCCCAGCGAAGCCUCCUGCCCCAUUUGCCUGGAAUAUUUCCGAGAUCCCGUCUCCAUCCACUGCGGCCACAAUUUCUGCAGGGACUGCAUCGCUCGGUGCUGGGAACGGAGCACGGGGGAUUUCUGCUGCCCGCAAUGCAAGGAGACGGCGGCGGAGAGGAUUUUAUGUCCCAACAGGGAGCUGGCGAGGAUGCUGGAGAUCGCCAGGAGGCUGAGCCUGCAGGCAGCCCAGAGGGACGCUGCGGGGCAGGAAGGGUGCAAAAAGCACCGGGAACCUCUGAGCAUUUAUUGCAAAGACGAUGAAGCUUUCAUCUGCCUCAUCUGCCGCGAGUCGCGGCUGCACCGGGCUCAUGUGAUGCUUCCUGUGCAGGAUGCUGUCCAGGAAUACAAGGAACAAAUCCAAUCCCAUCUGCAAGGGCUGAAGGAAGGCAGAGACAAACUCCUGGGUUUCCGAGAGGCUGAGAUGAGGAGAAAUUGGGAGUAUUUGGAGAAAACCAGCACCGAACGGCAGAAGGUUUUGGGUGUAUUUGAAGGGCUGCGGCUCUUCCUGGAGGAGCAGGAACGUCACCUGCUGGCCCAGCUGGAAAACACGGAGAGGGACGUGGAGAAAACGCAGGAAGAGAACGUCACCAUCCUGACCAAGGAGAUCUCCCAGCUGGAUGCCAUCAUCCAGGAGACGGAGGAGAAGUGCCAGCAACCAGCAAGCCAGUUUCUGCAGGACAUCAGGAGCACCGUGAGCAGGUUGGGAAAGGAAUACUUCCAGCUGCCCGUGUUGCUUCUUCCAGACCUGGAAAGGAAACUCAGUCACUUCAGGGAGAAAAAUAAUGCAUUAGAGGAGAUUCUGAAGAACUUCAAAGAAAUCCUGAUGUUUGAGCUGCCUGAAAAGAUGAGUGUGACCCUGGAUCCAUCCACAGCUCACCCCCAGCUCUCCGUGUCAGCGGAUGGGAGCAGCGUGAGGUGGGAAGAUGCCCAACGGGAUGCAGCCAAGGAGGAAUUUGGGAGCGAUCCCUUCGUGCUGGGCCGUGAGGGCGUCACGUCGGGGAGAUGCUGCUGGGAGGUGGAAGUGGCACCCGAAGGCUCCUGGGCUGUUGGUGCGGCCAAAGAGUCCCUAAAGAGGAGGGAAGAGAGCGGUGCGAGCCCUGAGGUUGAGCUCUGGUCUAUGGGUUUCUGUGAGGGACAGUUUUGGGCUCUGUCCUCCUUUGAGCGCAUGACGUUGCCCCAAAUCCAGGUUCCCAAAAGGGUUCGGGUCGCCCUGGACUACGAGAGGGGCCAGGUGGCAUUUUUUGAUGCUGAUAAGAGGGCUCUGAUCUUCAUUUUCCCAUCGGCCGCAUUCCAAGGGGAGAGCAUCCACCCCUGGUUCCUGGUGUGGGGCGAGGGCUCUCAGAUCACGCUGUGUCCCUGAAGCUCCCCUGCACCCAAACACCAACAUUACGACCCCAACAUCCCUGUCCCAGCGCUUUGGGGGGCUCCUAUUGAAUUCCUCGUUGGAUUUUCUGCCUUCUCUUCCCAUUCCCAGCCACCCCAAAAGCUUAAGCACCUUCAGGUCAGGGUUCAGAAUUACCAGUGCCAGUUUUGGGGUUUCAUUAGCAAACAGAGACCCUUUUACCCCAUCUUGCAUCACUCGGAUUCUCCAAUCUUACGGUUUUAGAUGAAAUAAAAAGGUUUGUAUGUCA